UAAUACUACCACCACACCCAUUACCCUCCACUUUCAUACCUUGGAUUUUUUCUGUCUUUUUUGCAGUCUUCUUAAACCCAUUUAAAUAAAAAUUGGAACUUUACUGAAGAAAAAAUAAAUUAGGGAAGUGGGUUCUUAAAGCGGUGCAGUUGGAAAUACUUUUUAUGCAAUCUCCAUAAUUUGGUUUUGGGAUUAUAUUAUAGUAUAUUUUGUUAUCGAUGGAGUUUUGGGUUAAUUUGGCUCUCUGUUACUUUUAUCUCACUCAUUAAUUUGUAAUAUUGGAAGAUUCGACAGCAUGUCUUGGUGCACGAUUGAGUCUGACCCAGGGGUAUUUACAGAACUUAUCCAGCAGAUGCAAGUGAAAGGCGUGCAAGUUGAGGAGUUAUAUUCAUUGGACAUUGAUUCUCUGAACAACCUAAAGCCAGUAUAUGGUUUGAUAUUCCUAUUCAAAUGGCGUCCAGGUGAAAAGGAUGAACGCCCUGUAAUUAAGGAUCCCAAUCCUAACUUGUUCUUUGCUAGCCAGGUUAUUAAUAAUGCUUGUGCAACUCAAGCAAUCUUGUCCAUCUUGAUGAACUGUCCAGAUAUUGACAUUGGACCUGAACUAACCAAACUGAAAGAUUUUUCGAAGAAUUUUCCGCCCGAACUCAAAGGUUUGGCAAUUAAUAACAGUGAAUCUAUACGAACUGCCCAUAAUAGUUUUGCAAGACCUGAGCCUUUUGUUCCUGAGGAGCAGAAGGCUGCUGGCAAAGAUGAUGAUGUAUACCAUUUCAUAAGCUAUCUGCCUGUUGAUGGUGUUCUAUACGAGCUUGAUGGUUUAAAGGAGGGACCGAUUAGUCUUGGACAGUGCCCUGUUGGGCAAGGUGACCAGGAUUGGCUUCAGAUGGUGCAACCAGUAAUCCAGGAACGCAUCGAGAAGUACGCCAAAAGUGAAAUAAGAUUUAACCUCAUGGCUGUUAUCAAGAACAGGAAAGAGAUAUACACAGCUGAACUCAAGGAGCUCCAGAAAAAGAGGGAGCGAAUCUUGCAGCAAAUAACUGCCUUGCAGUCAGACAGACCAGUCGACAAUAGUAAAUUUGAAGCACUAAACAAAUCUCUUUCAGAAGUGAAUUCUGGGAUUGAGGGUGCCACAGAGAAGAUUUUGAUAGAGGAGGAAAAAUUCAAGAAAUGGAGAACUGAAAACAUAAGAAGGAAACACAAUUACAUACCCUUUUUGUUUAACUUCCUCAAGCUUCUUGCUGAAAAGAAGCAAUUGAAGCCCCUUAUUGAGCAAGCAAAACAGAAGAAAGGGGGCACUCGGUGAAUGUGGCGGUAUGUUUAACUGUGAAAAAGGGAAUUUUGGUUUCCUUUUCAGUUAAUGUACCGAAUUGAAAUGAGUUUAAGAUAAUAACUUUUUGAUUGUUGAGAAUAACUUGUGCUGUUUUUACCUUCAUAGUAUUUCAUGCCCCCAGGUUUUGGAUAAUCCUACUAUUGCUCUGUCUUAGGUAACUCCUCCCAACAUGGAAUAGAGACAUGCUUUGAAUUCGUUUUCUUUGUAUGUACACUAAAUUACUUGGGCUCUUCAUAUUGAAUACAUUGAUCUAAGGUAUUAGCCUAA